AUGUUCUGUGACCAGCACACGCUGGUUCUGAGGACCACCAUGGAGCUCUUCAAGCUGGUAAAGAAAACCCCACUCUACAUGGGCAAGACGGAUGAGGCACCGAAGGUGGAGGUGUACUCCCGCAAACAUGUCGCAGACGGGGAGGAAAACGUCCUCAACUGCUUCGUGAGCGGUUUCCACCCUCCGAAGAUUGACAUUUCCCUCCUCAAGAAUGGGGAGCCCAUGAGCAACGUGAAAUACACAGACAUGUCCUUCAAUGAGAAGUGGCAAUUCCAGCGCCUGGUGUACGCGCCGUUCACCCCCCAGAAGGGUGACGUCUACGUUUGCAGGGUGGUCCAUUCCACCUUCAGAGAGCCGCAGUUGUUCCAAUGGGAUGCAGACUUCUAAGCUGUGUCUGGGAUAAUCAUGGUAGAAAGAAUUCUGCCUUACAGCUCAAGACAAUUUUGACUUGCCUUUUCUUCACAUCUCGCUCGUGGAUACGAUGAAGAAGAGCAAUCAUCUUCAUUGUAGAAUUCCUUCUUUAAUCAAGCUUACUGUUAAAAUACCAUUUGCCCAAAGCAGUAUGCAAGCUAGGAGGAUUUUUUGGUUUUUGAGCACAUAGCUAUAAAUGUCUGCAUUACUGAUUAAAAAGCAAUUGUAGUUCUUGAGUGCUCUGAAUUGUACAGGAUUUUUAUCUAAAUAAAAUCACAAGACUUCAGUGCA